AUGGGGGCACCCGCCUACCGACCGCACCAGCACCAAUACCGCAGCAGCCUCGGUCUCCAUGCGACAAACAACGCUAGAGCGAAUAGGACGAUUCUGUGGCUCAAACAGGUCGUCUUUUGGUUGAUAAUUUUCGUCUUCUUAUUGAUGGUGUUCGAGAGCCUCUGGGCUAGCGAACCGGAACAUCGCACUACCACCAUCGAAACGGAAAUAGCCGACCAGGCGGGAGUUCUGCACGUAGGGACAAUAGACAUUAGCAUUGAAAACUUUUCAUCCGAAGACACUCCAGAAGAAGAGGACGAUGCCGUCCCAGAUACCUUUUAUUUUGUUGGUGGCAAGCCGGUUUGGUUCGAUGCAACUUUGGAAGGGAGAUGGGCCACGCUGAAGCAACAAUUUAUGAGCAUCUUCUGGGCCCCUACCGUGUGGCAGCCAGCUAGAAUCCCUCAUCGGGAAAUGCCAGGACCGGAAACAUUGACUCAAACGCAGCUGCUUCUGAUGCAGGAAGAGGAGGAAGGAUUUGAACCAGGAGCCAACGAAGUGGAACCGUUUCGACGGAGAAGCAUACGAGGAACCAUGACACACUUUGGCAUUGCUGAUGCUUUAGCGGGUGGCCUGCAACUGUAG